GAUGAGUUGCAUUGUUGGUUAUCCUGUUUAUUAUUUGUGCCUCUGGGCCCAGCAUGAAGAACAUCUGGAAGAGAGAACCUUUUCCUGCUUUUUGUUCGCGUUCUUACGAUGACAUCCCCUGUAAGCGAUCGACCCAUGAACUCUCCUCCGAUUGGUUAGAGCUAAAAUUUUCCUAAUAUAAGUGUUGAACCUUUUUGUUUGUAUCACUCCUGUAAAAAGCUGAGUGCUGCUCGAUCGUUUUCUGUGAUAGCCAGGGUCGAAUUGAUACUCGUUGCGGUUUGCACUAUAGUUUUGUCUCUUGAAGUGAUCCUCUCUGCAGCGGUUUAGCCACACUGUGCAAAAUUUGUAACAAAAAGUUUGGAAUCUUGGUAAGGAAUAUCCCUACUGGCAAGGCGAAUUUCGCAAGGGGCACAGGGCGAACGCCCAGCACCAGAGGACGUGGAAGUUUUAGUGGACAAUCUGGAGGACGAACAGACAGGUUACGAAGAGACGACCAUGCCAGACACCCAGCGUCUGUAUUGGAGAAAGUGGGACGCAAGGUCCAUAUUACAACGUCGAUGCAUCCUACUGACGUGCUUAUUUCUAAUUGUUGCUAUAGCGUUAACAUUGGCAGUAGUCAUUGCGUUGUUUCAUGAAAGAUUGGCUAAAAACCCCAAAACAUCAGAUAAACUGUUCGUGCCACCGUCAGAUUCAAUCCUAGGAAAAUACGACAGUGCCGCUGUUGCAUCAGAUGUCGAAGAAUGCUCUGUUGUUGGAAAACAAUUUCUUAAAAGAGGAGGCACGGCAAUAGAUGGAGUGAUAGCUACUUUGUUGUGUGUCGGGGUGCAUAAUAUUCAUAGUAUGGGUUUGGGAGGUGGAUUUUUCAUGGUAUAUUACGAUAGGCGGAGGAGGAAAGUCAUGACGAUAGACGCCCGAGAAAAAGCCCCCAUAGCGGCUUCCAAGUUCAUGUACAAUCACAAUAAAGAAGCAUCAUUGAGAGGUGGUCUUUCUAUAGCGGUUCCCGGGGAGAUCAAGGGGUACUGGGAGGCACAUCAGCAGUUGGGGCGGCUGCCUUGGAGCGAGCUGUUUAAGCCUGCUAUUCAGUUUUGUAGAAAUGGCGCCAAAGUACACAACGCUCUAGCCACAGCUUUGAAACUGUUAGAGCAUGAUAUAAGGGAGGAUCCAUCCCUCAGUGAAAUGUUCAUCGAUGAGAAAACUGGUGAACUACUCCAAGAGGGCGAUCUCGUGUAUAACCAUAAACUGGCAGAUACGCUCCAAACAAUAGCAGACGACGGAGUAGACGCCAUGUACGGCAACCACAGUCUGGCACGCAGCAUCGUAGCAGAACUCAAAGAUGCAGGAAGCAUCAUAACUGAGCGGGACUUGGAGCACUACGAUGCAUUAAUCAAGCCACCAUUGAAUCUCACUCUGAGGAAUGGAAUGACAGUGUACACUAACCGUCCUCCAGCAUCGGGCGCCGUGCUCAGUUAUAUUAUUAACAUUCUACAAGAAUACAAUAUGUCGAAGGCAGAUAUCGCAACCCCUGAGGCGGCAGGUCUGACAUAUCACCGCAUGGUAGAAGCCUUUAAAUUUGCCUACGCCAAGAGGACCGAGCUUGGUGAUGAGGCACGGGAAGCCGGACUGGAGGACGAUGCCGCCCAAAAACUUAAGCAGAUUGUGGAUCUCUUGUCGUCAAAGAAUCAUGCUGCUGUGACACGUGCCAAAAUCAAUGAUGACACGACGCAGGUGGUGGACUACUACGGAGCGGUGUUCUCGGAGACAGACCCAAAAGGAGGCACUUCGCACGUGUCCAUUCUGGACUCCCAAGGGGACGCGGUCUCUGUAACGAGUACCAUCAAUUUUUACUUGGGGUCUUUGGUACGAGGUAACAUUACAGGAAUUGUAUAUAACGACGAGAUGAAUGAUUUUUCACUGCCAUCAACCCCAAACGCAUUUGGCCUGCCACCAUCGGCUGCAAACUUUAUCCAUCCACAGAAGCGUCCCAUGUCGUCUAUGGCACCGGCAAUACUCGUUGAUAAACAUGGCGACGUCCAACUUGUACUUGGGGCAGCAGGCGGGUCUAAAAUAACUUCGACUCUGGCAGAGAUAAUAAUGCGCUGUGUUUGGUUUGACGAGGAUAUUAAACAAGCAGUAGAUUACCCCAGAUUACAUGAUCAGCUGAUACCAACAACUGUGUUUUAUGAGAAAAAUAUGCCAUCUACAAUUCUUGCCUCUUUGGUGGAAAGAGGACAUAACAUGACAUUAUCCAACCCAAAUGGUCGUUUCUCAGUUGUAGAAGGCAUCCAGCGGAAAGAUGGGAAAGUCUAUGCAAAUUGUGACUUCAGAAAAGGCGGAAACCCUGCUGGAUACUGAGCAAAAUAUCAAAUAUAAAAGGGAAACUCAGGGUUUUUUUCACACAAAUCUCAAUGUCUGAUUUGCCCAGCUCGGGUUAACAAGUAAUAUAACAGAUGGAGUCUAGUCUUUGCCAGUGGGAAUACAUGGAACAGGUGAUGCACCAACGCCAGUCAUCACUGCUGCGUCCUAAAUCUAGAUCUCUCAUUAUGAAUAUUUCCAUGCAUUCAUUGACAUCAGGCAGCAUCUUCUGAUAAGAAAUAAUAGGAUGUGUGUUUGUUGUGAUUCUGUUGGUAUGUUUGGGUGAAUCUGUUGGACAAGAAAAGUUCAUUCAAUUGCCAAGUAAUGAUAGUCCCUAUGGCAAGGCAGUGUCUGAUAUAAAUUUUAGUGUGUCAUUGAAGUGGAUUAGUUUAUAAAUUGUUCAGAAAACUUUUGUUGAGAAAUUGGUCACAGCACAUGUAGACCUAUCAGAAUAUGAUACAAAGAUUUUGUAUCACAGUGCUUGCAUAUAAUUAUUAACUCAUCAAUUGUUAUACAAAAGAUUGUCUGCGAUAUGAUCUCUUUUUUUUUUAUAAAAGGUGUGCAAAGCCAUUGUUUUAUUAUAGUUUAACUUUGAAUUUAGUAUGAAGAACUUCCAAUAUUUAAUAAAAGCACUACCUCCAUAUAGCCAAUAAUACUCAUUCAGCACUGUAACAAUAAUGUUCCACUGCUGUCAGGCAUGGGCUGUUAAUGUAUUUGAACUGCUACCAUAGCUUCAAAAGCAAGAUGUGUAACAGGAUUCACAAACAACAGUCACCAAAUACUGCAUAACUAUUAAUAUAUUUUACAGGGUCUAAGGGACCAUUCCCACAGAUAUUUGGAUCGAUCUAUCUCCCUGGGGAGUCUCACUAAAUUGCUGUCAACUUGGCCUGCUUAAAUGUCUGUCACGCCUAAUAAAACUGUUGAGGGGUAAGUAUCUUUACCCCCUGGCUGAUUUGGUAGGCAUGACAAACAUUUAAGCUGGUUAGUUAAUAACAAUUUAGUGAGACUCCCCAAGGAGUUAGAUCAAUCCGGAUGGAUCGAUCUAUGUAUGGGAACCCAGUUUAAAACUAAUUUGAAUUCUCAUAAAGAUGAGUCUAGAUUUUUUUCUUUAUAUGUUAUGACAUUGCAUUUACAUUUUCCUUUUUUGUGCUUUUAUGCAAGUCAUAGAGAUGAUGAUAAUAUGUGUAAAUUAUAUUUUUCUAGCAUGGUCUCACCCACAGUUUGUUGUAUUUAAAAUGUUUAGUUGUAACACUGGGGGUAAAAAGCCUGUGAACUAUACUCUCUCUUGCCAGUAUUAUUAGAAAAAGGGUAAUGAUAGGGAACCUCCUUUUUAACUCACUUUGAAUGUACUGUAGUUUGUUUAAAUUGCCUCAGUUUUAAAGAAUGGUGUACAUUUUAAAUAACUGAAUCUCAGAAAUAUAUUGAAAGUUUUAAAAUGCAGUAUUUCAUCCUUCAUCACCAAAACCUAGUCACAUGUAAUUCUGUAAUAUAGCCUUGUUGUAUAAUAUAGUCUUUGUAGAUUUUUCAUCAUCAUAAUAAUAAUGAUUUUAAGUUUAGUAUUUGUAUACCAAAGUUAGGUUUGUACGAGAUGAAUCUCCCAAUCAUUUUAUUUCAUAAUGAUCAUAGUAGUAGAACACUGUCUCAUAUGAGGUUGUGCAUAACACAAUCAAAUGUAAGUGAACGGAAUUAGUUCCCUAUGGGAAUAUAUUUAAACAUCUGCCUGCAAAUUUCUACAGAAAAACAAUAAAAGAUGGUGAAACAUUA